AAAUUAUUUAAUAAGAGCAAGAAUUGUGGACGACAUUUGUAAGGCAUCAUUAUGAAUUAUGGACGAAAGACACCUUCGACAUAUCGUUCGAAUCCCUCAGUGUAUUCCCAUACCACGGGAAGAUCCUCAACCAAUCUACAUACCACAAAAUCACGUUCAACUCGAUCCGUGCGUAUACCAUGGUAUCAAAGGCCCAUCUUAAAGAAUAAUCAAUAUAUUGAUAUUCAGAAAAAUGCAAUGAUGAUUGGGUUAUUUGCCAUUUUCUUGGCUCUAUUUACCAUUGGCACUGCCAUCUUCGAUAUAUAUUGUUUGGCAAUGGGUGCGCCUGGUUCCACACAUUAUGGUUAUUAUAUUAUUUCAUAUGAAUUUGUCUAUGUUGGCAAUAAGCAUGUUCGUAACAUGUUGAUGGUGUUUGCUUUAUUCUCCUUAGUCUUUGGUCUUAUAAUAUUCUGUACAAGCAUACUAUUGGUUGUAGCUUUAAGAAAGGAAUAUGAACGUAAGAUUCUCCCCUGGCUAUGGACAUUUGCCGUCUUUACAAUAUGGCGUCUAUUGGCAUUGUUGUUCUUUGCCAUUGUCAAUGAUUUGUAUUUUGCCUAUAAUGCCGUAAUGGUAUUCCUGUGGUCAGUAUUUGUUUUGAUAUCAAUUUAUGGCUGGGCCUGUGUUUAUUCGCUAUUUUUGGAAUUGGUCGAUUUAACCAAAUUAGAAGAUUUGGCCCAUUUAAGGAUGGGUACCAUGGCCUCCUUACAUGCCUCAACUGCAAAUUCAUUGGCCGGCUCACGUCCCACAACACCGCACAGCACUGUCUCAACAAUGCCAGUUGGUUAAGCACAAAAAAUUACCACACAAAUAUU